AUGGAGUUUUGUCGAUAUCAGCAGCUGAAAUCGUCAUCGUCAUCGUCAUCGUCGAUAAGAGUUUGUGGUGGUGGUGACGGCGGCGGCAAUGUUCAUUCUGAACUUCCUCCUCCUCCUGUUGGUUUUAGAUUUAUACCAGAAGAAAAUCAUUUAAUUGGUUACUUGCAAAAGAAGUUAGAUAAGCCUGAAGAUCACUUUCCGUUAAUUCUUGAAAAGAACAUAUAUGACGAUGAUGACUGCCAUCCUCUGCAGCUUUUGGAAUCACAUGGAAAGGAAGGAGUUGUAUACCUCUUCUCACCAAGAUUUCGCAAAUAUCCUAAUGGGAAACAACUAAGACGUGAUGCGAAGCACGGAAAAUGGAAGAAUAGUACACCGGAUGAACCAGUCAUGCAUGAGGGGGUUGAAAUAGGCAGGAAGUGUAGUUUUGUAUUUCGCCCAAGUCCUGAUCAUAAAUCAACACACUGGUAUUUGUGGGAAUAUCGGAUUCCUAACCACAAAAGUAAAGAUGAACCAGCAAACCAGAAUCUGAUGGAUGGACUCGCUAUAUAUAAAUUAUACUAUACCAAAGAUCUCGAACGACAAAGAUCAGGAGAUUCCCGUGGACUUCAAAAAGUAGAAGCAGUCUAUAAUGUUCAUAAUCGCCAACAACAACAUGGAAUGGCUCAGUUGGUCCAAGAUAUCGAUUGGAUAAUGAAUAGUGACCAUUGUAGUGUUCGCGAUUUUGACGUAGCUGGUUUGUCAUCAACGUCAAAUAUGUUAUCCUUGCAGAAGGAUUCCAUGGAACCACCAAUGAGUGCAUUUCCUUAUAGUCCUGCCUUUACACAUAUCGAUCCCGGAUCAUCUAUGAACAGACAAAGCACUGAUUCCUUCUACAAUGGCUGGGCAAAUAGCAAUAUAGUCGAUAACCAAAAUGGAUUACAAGGUGGUGGUUUUGCUGGAGGAGGCUUUGAUAGGAUCCAAUAUGGUCAUGCAUUUCCACCAUUGCCUGAUAAGCUUGUUCCUAAUUAUAAUAAUCUUUAUUACAGCAGUAGUGUUACUCAGAUGUACAGUGACAUAGCUUCAGUACCAAGCCAUGCUCCAUUGGAACAAGAAUAUCCAGGAGAGUUGCCUCCUUACUGA